AUGCAAAAUAGAAAAGUUGUAGUAGUUACUAAUAUGAGGACACGGAAACUACGUGGGGAAAAGUCUAUGGGAAUGAUUCUUGCAGCAGAAAAAGAGAUAAAUGAUCAUUUGAACGUUGAACCUGUAAUACCGCCCACUACAUCUAUAAUUGGUGAACGUUUGCAUUUUGGAAUUGCUGAUAAUUUUGAGCCUCCUAAAUUGAAGGACAAGGUAUGGGAGUAUAUCCAACCACGAUUGAAAACAACUGCAGACAAAAAGGUGGUUUUUGUUGAUGAAGAGGACAAGGAAUUGGUGUUGCAAGGUAGCGACCCAUCUGAUGCAGCAUAUGUUUCAUCACUAGAUGGAGCUAAAAUACUUUAA